UCACGAAGCUAUGCAUCACGCAAGAACUCUAUUCCCCCACUUCUUCCAUUCAUUUCUGUCCCUUUCUAUAUAUUUUUCCUUCAAAGAAAAAAAAAAUGAAAAAGGCUCAGCUCCAGCAGGAGGCUGCCUUCAUGAGAAGGUCCCUCUUUGAUCAGGGGUACCUGGAUGAACAGUUUGAGGAGCUGGAGGGGUUGCAGGACGAUUCUAAUCCCAAUUUCGUUGAGGAAAUUGUCACACUCUUUUACAACGACUCUGCUAGAAUGCUCUCCAACAUCGAACACGCACUCCUCGCCAGCCCAAUGGAUUUCGACAAGCUCGAUGAUUACAUGCACCAAUUCAAGGGCAGUUCCUCUGGUAUCGGAGCCAAGAGAGUGAAACUUGAAUGCGCUAGAUUCGAUGAAUGUUGCGCCGCUAGAAACGCCGACGGGUGCAAUAGGAUUUUCCAACAAGUAAAGCACGAGUACACCACUUUGAAGAAGCAGCUUCAAGCAUAUUUCCAGGUAGCAAGGGAAGCUUCACAAAUGUAACCGUGCUCAGCAAUAUCAUUGACAUGCCAGGAUCUAUCCCAUAUUAUUGAUAUUCUCAACAUAGGAUUUUCCAAGCACAUCUGCCUUAUAUCAUAAUCAUAUAUAUAUAUAUAGACGUAUCAGUAUUCCCUAGCUAGCUUUUCAUGAGUUGGCAUGUGGUCAAAUAUUUUUCCACCUUUAGAAAAGUCAAUUUACAUAUUCCCUCAGCGCUUUUGAUCAGCCAUGAUCACUUGGAUCAAUUGCCUUGGUUAUCCUUUUUUUUUUUUAAUGUGAUCAAUAAAAUAGUAUAUAUUACAGCUCU